UUUGUAAAUAUCUUCUGUUUGCCCUUGAUCUUUUCCUUAUCCCCACCCGGUGCUGAUCCAGCAAACGUUUAAAGGUCGCCUUAUCAGACAUGUAGCCUUUCAAACUAUUCCCAUACCAUGUUGGGGAGAACACGAAUGGCUUGGAAAUAGGGUUCCAGACUUUAAAAGGAGAUUAUUUGAAGCAAGAAAUAAAAAAGCCGUGUAGUCACAUUGUUAAUGUCAAAAUCCUUUAACUUUGAUUUCUCUAAUCUUUAGCGACAGCUAUGCUAAAUUUUGUUCUUAGUGAUGCAGUGCAGAAAAGCCCACAGUUAAUUGAAAUUCUCUUUGGGCUUUUAACUUGAUGCAAAAACAAUCCCCAUAUUUUGUUUUAUUGGAUCUUUUUGACAAAGGUGUGUGGGGUGUGUGUGUGUGUUUAUACCCAGGUACUGCAGGAUUUGUGUUAGCAGUUUGUGUGCCAAUGCCAGAUUCUCGUCCUUUCUCUAACUAGACAGCUAAAUUUCUCUUUUGUCCUUUGUGAAGGAGUGACAACCAUAUCUUACAUUAAAUAUAAAAUGGAGUCCUGGAGAAGGAGAAAGGCAAUCCAGUUUGAGGCUGUCAAAAGCCCUGUUAGCCCAGGAACUUUUUGAAACCUGAGUUACAGACGGUGCGAUACAAUAAUUGAGUAUAUAAUUGCAUCUUGCGUCUGAAAACAGAGAAUAAUUUGUAGAAAGAGAAGAAACUGUGAAUUAAUUAUCAGUCUUGGCCACCCUUCUGACAGAACAUACGGGCAGCUAUUAUGUAUGUGCUGACUGCAUUUCAGUGUGAGCUCUGGAUGUGCACAGCAGACAUUUUCUCCUCAGUUUGCAUCAUUUCACCCGCACAUAGUAGAGGGAGAUUUGCUUGGACUUAAAAAUAAAUGUUGCAUCAUUUUAGCUAUUUGUAAGAAACUAUCUAAAGCAACUGUUAAGAUUAUUAUAUUUCUGCAGCCUACAGUUGCAGGCAAUAUGUUUCUAGAUUUCAAAGUGAUAAAUGACCCUUGGACUAAGACCUUUCAGGCUAAACUAAUGGUCUGGUACUAAAUUUUGCAGCUGAGUACUAUAAAUCAUCCAAAUACAGGUUGAUAAUUGAACCAUUGACACGCUUGGCAGUUCUGUGAUGUCUUCAAAAUGAUCCUUGCUGCUUUGUGAAUAACUAAACACCCAGCUCACGUGAUUUGGAAGUGCCUCAUGCUGCAUAUGUAAACACAGGCCCAUCCUCUCCAGUGUUGUUUGAACAAGAGCACUCAAGGUGAAGGAUAAUAAUCAACUUGAAUCAGCAUUUUCAAUGAAAUUUUGUUUCCCUGUGGCAUCUUGAACACUUUCUUCUUCGGGUUUUGAAACAGACUUAUAACUCUGUGGCACAGCAGCUAUGCAGCUUGAAAUCCAAGUAGCACUCAAUUUUAUUAUUUCAUAUUUGUACAAUAAGCUUCCCAGACGACGUGUCAACAUUUUUGGUGAAGAGCUUGAAAGACUUCUGAAAAAGAAGUAUGAAGGGCACUGGUAUCCAGAAAAGCCAUACAAAGGAUCAGGGUUUAGAUGUAUUCAUAUAGGGGAGAAAGUGGACCCAGUCAUAGAGCAAGCAUCCAAAGAGAGUGGUUUGGACAUUGAUGAUGUUCGCGGCAACUUGCCUCAGGAUCUUAGUGUUUGGAUUGACCCGUUUGAGGUUUCAUACCAAAUCGGUGAAAAGGGACCAGUGAAAGUGCUUUAUGUGGAUGAUAAUGAAAAUGGAUGUGAGUUGGAUAAGGAAAUCAAGAACAGCUUUAACCCUGAGGCCCAGGUGUUCAUGCCUAUUAGUGACCCAGCAUCUUCAGUGUCCAGUUCUCCUUCUCCUCCCUUUGGUCACUCAGCUGCUGUGAGCCCGACCUUCAUGCCCCGCUCUACUCAGCCUUUAACCUUCACCACUGCCACAUUUGCUGCCACCAAGUUUGGCUCAACCAAAAUGAAGAAUAGCGGCCGUGGCAACAAGGUCGCCCGCACCUCUCCCACAAACCUGGGCUUGAAUGUCAAUGACCUGCUGAAGCAGAAAUCCCUCUCCUCCUCCAUGCACUCUCUCUAUGGGCUCGGCCUAGGCAGUCAGCAACAGCAACAGCAGAAGACUUCUGCUCUCUCUCCUAAUGCAAAGGAGUUCAUUUUCCCCAACGUGCAGGGUCAAGGUAGUACCAGUAGCAUCUUUCCUGGUGACAGCCCCCUUAACCUCAGUCCUCUCCAGUACAGUAAUGCCUUUGAUAUGUUUGCAGCCUAUGGAGGUCUAAAUGAGAAGUCUUUUGUGGAUGGCUUGAAUUUUAGUUUAAACAACAUGCAGUAUUCUAACCAGCAAUUCCAGCCAGUUAUGGCUAACUGAAAAUAAACUGAAAGUGAAAUCCAAGUAAAUACUAUUGUACAAGUUGAAGUGCACGUACCCAAGGGUGUAUCUUUUUUCCCACCUCUUGAGAUUUUUUUUAAGGCUUGUAGUAUGAAUACAUUCAGGCUUGGUUAGAUAAAUACAACAUGCAUCAUUUUUUCAUUUGCCAACCAAGCACAAAAUUAUUUUAUACUGACUGUACAUUACAAAAAUAUACUCUCAAAAAUAUGGCCUCUUACAGUAUUUAAGAUAUAGCAAGGAAGUGGCUAAUUUUUUCAUGUGUAUAUAUAUGUGUGCUCAGACAUAUAUGUAUAUGUAUUAAAAAAUUGGCACUAAUAGGUGGGUUUAUUGGUCUUUUUCUAAUUGUAUAAUUUAAUUUAGUACAAAGUUUGUAAAAUAUCAGAGUAUAUAUAUUGUUUCUACAACAUGGUAUUGCAUUUAUAUCUUUUUACUACAGUGAUCUGUGACAGCUGCAGCAGCUUCAUGUUGUAUUUUUUUUACUGAAAUUGUAAGAUAUCCAUCUUAAAGACAUCAAUUCUAAAAAAAGUAAAAAAGUUGUGUACAGAAUAUUCCUUAGUGGUGGAAUUAAAAUAAUAUUUGCUUUUUUCAAAAGAAACACAAAUUGUAUUUUCUGUUAAAAGUUUAAAGAUUUUUGCUAUAUAUUAUGGAAGAAAAUGUAAUCGUAAAUAUUAAUUUUGUACCUACAUUGUGCAAUACUUGAAAAAAGGUAUAAAAGUAUUUUGAGUCAGUGUCUUACAUGUUAAGAGGGACUGAAAUAGUUUAUAUUAAGUUUGUAUUAAAAUUCUUUAAAAUUA